AUGUCCUCUCCAAGUCAAGAUGGUGGCCUGGUCAGCGCCAGUGGCAAUUCUUCGGGUUCUACCGGCAAGGGUAUCUUGAUCGGCGUCCUCUCAGCCUUCGGAUCUGCAGCAGUUGCAGUGCUUGUUCUUGCGAUAUUCUUCUUUUUCAAGUAUACUCAACGUGGUAGAAUUAUUCUGGACCGCAUUGGGCGCCCGGGUGAAUAUGAUGAUGAGCAAGCGUUCUUGCGCGAGGAGACUGAGGCUUUAGAGGCCAUGGAUGAUUUGUCGCGGUCCGAGUAUCUGAGGGCAAAGGCAUUCAUCGAAGCCAACCCGCCCGAAUCGAUGCAAACCGAUAUUUCUCUCUCCCAGUUCCUCGCGAUCCAAGAAAAGGGCGUUUCAGCAUGGGAGUUUCAACCGGAGCUGGAAAUCGCCAACUGCUUUGUCGAGGCCCGCACAGAGAUUGAGUUCUACGAUUCCGAAUGCAGUGUGCAAACAAAUUUACCUGUUCCGAAACAGAACGAUGUUUACUAUUGGGAAGCAAAGAUAUACGAUAAGCCCGAAAAUACUCUCAUCAGUAUUGGCAUGACCACUAAGCCAUAUCCUUUGUUCCGGUUACCAGGAUAUCAUAGAGCCUCGGUAGCAUACCAAACCACAGGUCACCGGAGAUAUAAUCAGCCUUUCACACCAACACCAUAUGGCCCUCCGCUUUCGCAAGGCGAUGUGAUCGGCGUCGGUUAUCGGCCUCGCUCAGGUACGAUAUUCUUCACUCGGAAUGGCAAGAAACUGGAAGAUGUGGUUCAUGGCCAGAAAGCACAAAACUUCUUCCCCACUAUCGGGGCAAAUGGGCCCUGCACAGUUCAUGUCAACUUUGGUCAAAUGGGCUUUGUGUUUAUCGAGGCCAACGUCAAGAAAUGGGGGUUGGCGCCAAUGACCGGUAGUUUGGCCCCCCCGCCACCGUAUGGUAGCGAGCAGGGUAGCAUUCUGCUGGAGUCCGGUCGCGAGAGUGCUGCUCAAAUUUCCCAGCGGGUUUAUCAGGAUGCCAACAAUGCACGUACGAGCUCCACUGUCAGAAUCGCACCAUCAGCCAGCCCCGGUCCGGUCCGGUCCCCGACGGAUAUUUCCCUCGCCCAGCUCGCUCACAUUCCUUCAAACGAAGAUGCCGGAGAAGGCUCAAGCCGCAUAAAUGUUGGCGAUGGGGAGCAUACUCCACUAUUGAAUACCCAAGAUAUCGACCUGGCUCCUCCACCGGAAUACUCGAGCCCCGAUAGCAGCCGAAGAGGUAGUGAAGAUCUACCGCGCCAAAAUCAACCACCGAUACCUAGCUAUGAUGCGGCUGUCGGCAACCGGGAUGGCAAUCCUUCGCGUCCGAGUGGAAACAACUAA